CACACAAUUAACAAAACCUGGUGUAUAUUCAGUCACGAAAUCCAGUGCCUCUCUGCUUUGUAAGCAGCAACCGUCAAUGGCUGCUUUCUCCCUGCCUCUCUCUCCUCCCCUCUGCUCUUCUCUGCAUUACACAUCCACCACCAAGCUCAACGCCAGCAAACAGUUGACUGCCAAGAGAAGACGCACCACCGCCAUUGUAGUCAAAGCUUCAGAGAAGAAGGAAGAAGCUGAUAGAGACACACCAGAGUUCAAUCCCUUUGGUUUCGUGACAGAUAACCCGUCGAGCAGGAGCGCCAUUCAGCUCCCCGAGAGCCCCGCCGAAGACGGCAAUGUCGGCCAAAUGCUUUAUAGGAUAGAGGACAAGGGAAAGGAGUAUGGCUCCUACAUCAAAUCUGGCAAGUUCAGAUGGUUUGUCAGGGAAACAGGGUCACCCAAGAGCCAGCGUGGGACAAUAGUCUUCCUUCAUGGCGCUCCGACACAAUCUUACAGCUACAGAGUCGUCAUGUCCGAGAUGUCCAAUGUCGGGUUCCACUGUUUGGCUCCUGACUGGAUAGGAUUUGGUUUCAGUGACAAGCCACAACCGGGAUAUGGUUUUAAUUACACAGAAAAGGAGUUCCACGAAGAGCUUGAUAGAUUACUUGAUGUUCUGGGUGUUAAAUCCCCCUUCUUCCUAGUUGUUCAGGGCUUUCUUGUAGGUUCAUUUGGACUGACAUGGGCCUUGAAGAACCCAAGCAGGAUAUCGAAGCUGGCGAUAUUAAACAGUCCAUUAACGGCUUCAUCUCCGGUCCCAGGAUUGUUUCAGCAACUGAGAAUUCCUCUAUUUGGUGAAUUCACAUGCCAGAAUGCCGUGAUGGCUGAGCGGUUCAUUGAAGCAGGUAGCACUUAUGUUCUGAAGGUAGAAAAGGCAGACGUCUACCGACUACCAUAUUUGUCAAGCGGUGGACCGGGAUUUGCCUUGCUUGAAGCCGCAAGAAAAGCUAACUUCAAGGAAACAGCAACUCAAAUAGCGUCUGGUUUUUCAUCCGGGAGCUGGGAUAAACCCAUAUUGCUCGCAUGGGGUGUAUCAGACAAGUAUCUGCCGCAAUCAGUGGCCGAGGAAUUCCAGAAAGGAAACCCUUCAUUGAUCAAACUUAAGUUGAUAGAGGGCGCAGGUCAUAUGCCACAAGAAGACUGGCCUGAAAAAGUCGUGGAAGCUUUGAGGAUGUUCUUGCUAUGAAGAUAUUCAGUCUUGAUUGUCUUCCCAGUGCAAAAGCAGUAUGGAAUUUGCUUUUAACACAGGACAAUGGUUAGUGAACAGACAAAUCGGAUUCAUUUUGCAGAAGAGAUUCUGAAGUUUCAAUGCUCGACAAAUAUCCAUCCUCAAGCAAUUGUACAGCGUGGAUCUCAGGAAAUCAGAAGAGGCGUGGCAGAUUAUUCAUUCAACUCAGUGCCAUGGUAUAACUAUGAUACACUGACUGCUGAAUUGCUUCAAGAACGCAUGCUCCAUAAUAUGUAUAACAUUACUUCGCUUUAAAUAGAAAAUAUAGUUGCUUUAGGAUGAACAGGAUCUCAUAAUCUUUCGAAAAGUUGCAUUUACAGUGA